UGAUGGUGGAAGCCAUUGAAAGAAGGGGCAACAUUAGGAAGGAAUCGCAACAGGAAAACGCCCCACAGAGAAGCUCCAGUUUUAAGAUCGCAUUGAGAAUGAGGAAAUAAAAUGGAGGAUGCAGCGAAACGUGUGUCAGUAGCAAAACGCGAAUCAGUAGCAAGACGUCCGUCACAAGCAAAACGUCCGUCACAAGCAAAACGUCCGUCACAAGCAAGACGUCCGUCAGAAGCACCAGGAAAAGUCCUUCCUAGAACAUUGCCUGAUGAGGAAGAGGACGAAGAUUUUGACUGGUGGAAAUUUGGUGUAGGAGUGUUGUCGGUCGCCAUGUUUAUCUGCUCCAUUGGAUUGUUUGCACUGUAUUACGUUCGGAGAAAAGAAAUAAAUGAUAAAAAUACGGCAAUGGCAAGGAUUCGGAAAUUUAUGGUUGGCCGCAACGGGUCUUUGAGCACAUUGAAUGAUCAAGAGAUACUCAAUGAAGCUUUAGAACUGGGAGAUGUCUUAAUGAAUUCCAAGAAGAACAUUCAAGAACUGCAAGAUAUGAUUGAUGAUAUUGUUAAAAAAAUCAAUGAAGGUUGGAAGGCAUUUAAUGGCAGCCUCUAUUACCUUGACUCGAAAGAAAGGAUUUUCAAGGAGGCUCAGGAUGAAUGUAAAAGACUAAAGACAAUUCUGGCUACAGUCCCUAGUGACAAUACGGAGCUUUUUUUUAGAGGCACUAUCUCUCCGUUCAGAAAAUGGGAUUUGGAUUGGACUCCAGAAGAUUAAAAACAAGUGGAUAUGGAUAUCUGAGAAUGUAACACUUACCGACAGUUACUGGGCAGAAAACAUGCCGGCUGUUAAUUAUGCUAUAGACGAAGACUGCGUUGCAAUUAUAAAGAAAUGUAAGAAAGGGAAGUGCUGGCACAACAUUAGCUGUCUUAAGAGAAGACGUGCGGCAUGUAGGAUGGAUCCGGAUCCGAGGAUGAUUUCUUAAAAUCUGGAUUUCCUGAUCUCUAUGCAAUUUUUAAAAAGCUCAAUUUCAGAGCAAAAGCCUCUUAGUUUGCCACUUUUUGGAAACACGGCACGGAAGAACUCCUCUCUGUGACUUCAAAGCCUUGCACCUCCUGCUUCUUUGAGGCCUGAAAGAGACCUGAGUGAUGUAAGUGGA